CACCUCGUGCCUCGCUCCUUACACCUGUCCUGUCUUCAACUCUUCUCUCACAAACCAAACGAACGCCGUGACAGCUUUUUUCUCAGACAAGACAUGCAACUUGUACCUUCUCGAGUUUCUGCUAGCUCCAUUUCACCAUUCGAGCCCCCUCCUCACCCCGGUCCCAUGAUCCAUCUCGGUCUCCUCCUUCUCUGACCUUCACGGCCACCUCCGAGUCCUUCCUUACAAGUUACCUGCCCCUUUCUCCGUUGUCAUGUCGUUCAUAUCUCUCCCCUGCCCUCCUACGGUGUACCCAAGGUACAAGGGGCCCUCGUCUCUUUGCGGAUCAACUGAAUUGAAACAUGUUCUACUGUGUAUUAUCCACUCAGUCUUCUUUCUGCCCGGUGCCUCAGGACUGACUGACUGACUAUCCAAUCCUUACCUGCUCUCUCUCCUCGCUGUUCUCCUGCUAGUAAUCGCAGCAAGUACCUUGCCCUCGCCUUCGCGGCUUGACACACGCAAGUGUCUCCAAGAGGUAGCUCUGUGAGUGUGGGUGUGAGGUGUGAGGUGUGUGCCAGGUACUCGCACGAGUCUUCUCUUUCCAGCUUGUCUCUCUGCUUUCCUCAGUCAGCUGGAGCUGUUACGGAUGGUAGUUGAUACAAUGGCUGGCCUGUCUCAGCUUUCCUUUCCAAACCUGACCCGUCCAGUUUUGGCGCGCCGAAUGUUAGCCUUGAAAAGUCUCUUCCCUCCACCCUUCCUCUCUGCGGAUGGUCUGUCCUUCCAAGUUCCCCAUCCCUCAUCUGCUCAUCUUCCCGUUCCCUUGGCCUUAUUCUGUUUAAUCAUAUCGCCUGGGCGCAGUUUGUUCUUAUUUUUGUUCUUUUCUGUCCAUUCCUAAUCUGUUUUUUUUAGUCCGGGGGCUACUAGUCUUGUCUCACCUAACCCUUGCCUUGCCUUGCCCUGCUGUCAUCAUCAUCAUCAUAUCUGAGUUGGCCGGUCCGGGUCGGGCCAAUAUUGCGACUCCAUUCUCGUGGGUUUCCUUCCCCCAUACUAUUUCGAUCCAAGGUACUUUGCAUUGUACCGUACGUACACCUCGACACAUCAGCCCCAUACACGCACAUACGGAUACCCAUACACAUACAUAUACACAUGCGUACAUACGUACCCAGCAAGUAUCCUUCUGCACCUCACCUUGUCUUCUUCUUGCAGACGGCUUCUGCGAGUUAAUGUAGAUGGGCCCCCGUUGACCCCAUCAUAUCCCCAUCCAACCCAUCCCGGCCCUCUAUCCGACCACUCUCCUCCACCGGUACCUCCUCAUCUUCACUACGCCAUCUGCUCCUAGUUGUCGGCGUUCCUUUAGUCGCUUCCGUCCCGCAGUCGCCACACGGCUAGCUAGCUGCUGCUGGCUUACUUGGGUCAUCUAACUGUACCCGCUCGUGACAUUGUCCGCAAACAGAUUAGCCCCGUCUGUCAACUGGCGGAUCAUGACUUCGGACCAUCCUAGCUCUCUUCAACAGCACAACACCUUCGAAUUUGAUGGAACCGUUGAUAAGACCCUUACUUCCCCCCUCUGUGCCAGCCACGAGGUCUCUUCACCUGCUACCUUUCCUCGACACCUCUCCCCUCCCCUGACUCUCUCCUGCUCCUACAUGUGGAAGCGCCACAUGUCGGCGAAUGGCUACCGCAUCCUCCCUCCGUGCAGCGCCACAGAAAUGGUCUCUGAAUGACCUCAGCUCCGAGCUGCUGGCUCUCAUUUUCGAGCAGCUCCGAGAAAUAGACGAGCGCGCCCUUGCUGCUGCGCGGUGCUUGUCCAGGCGCUUUGAGGCUAUCGCAACUCCCGUCACCUACCGUACGAUUUGCCUCAACGAGCGCAUUGUUGCCCCAGACGCCGAAUCGCGGUAUCCCAAUCUCUUGCGCAAUGUGUCGUCCUACACCAACCACGUCGUCACACGGAGCGAUCUAGACCCUGACGGCAUUCGGCGGGUGCUGGACAGGGUCCAAAGGCUAAAGACUGUGCGAUGGCACUAUGUCGAUGCUGAAUUCCGAUCAGGACGACUCUGGCUUCCGUCAGACGUGCUCAACCCUCAGCAGACACGAUUUAACGGCACGAAACUGUUCGUCGAGGACUUGCCUCUGCGAGAAUUCGAGGGACAACUACGAGACACCUACGUCCGAGCGAUUCCCACAGACCUCCUUGUCUCGCUCAAGCUUGCGAGCCCCGCCCCGCCGCUCACGACACGACUGAAUUCCCUAAAACAGCUGCUCCUGCUCUCCCGCCGCCUGGAGACAUUUCAUUACGAAGACCGUGGGCAGGGGACGAACUUCAAGUUCGCCCAAGGAGAGCGCAUCCCCCCGCUGAAAGACUUGGCCCUCAAGUCUUACGACUGGAACCAUUCGAAAGAGGACACCCGUGCCCAUUGGGACUUUUCUCAGCUCGAAUCCCUCGACCUGAAGUACGUGCCCGUCUUCAACUUCCUGUCGACUGUGGAUUUCCCCGACUUGGCAGGCUUGCGACAUCUACACUGCGAAGACUUCAGCGCCCACCUAGUUGAUAAACGAGAGGAAGCAACGGGCGGUUUAUACUUACUAGUGGCUAAUCACAUUCGAGCUUUACAGACGCUCAAUGUGACAUGCCACACCCGUCUGUUUCCACUGGAUGGCAUUUUGAGACAUGGCGAGUCCCUCCAAGUGCUCAAGUUCCGUGAUCACAUGGGCUUUGGAGGGGAGGACCGACGGUGCCCAACGCUCUGGGGCGAGGAUAUCGCUAUUUUGGCGCAAGGUCUUCCACACGUGCACACGCUGGAGCUGGACAUGGACGUGGCCAUGUGCGACCCGACCGAGUUCCUCCGCGCUCUAUGCAGCUUCCGCAGCCUUCAAACUAUCACACUACACGUCCAGACCGUUCUCCACGCGCUCGAGGUUGUUCACCCGGGGAUGGACCGCGACUACGAUGCGGCCUUACGCACUUUCCAGUUUCUGCUACGAGAGAAGCAGCUCGCGACGCCCGACGUGCCCUGGAAGCAAAUCACCAUUAAUGUAGGCGGAUGGCGCAAGGUCAUGGUCCGUCGCUUCAGCGCUGCCUGGCGCCGUCAAAAUGAAAACGGCGUUUACGCCGAGCGGUGUUUUGUGCUAGAGAGAGCCGACAACGGUCAAAUGGCAUAUCGAGAAGAAAUGAGCAUCGAAGGCCGCUCAGCAACACCAACGCCCGAUCCUCCGACGCCGAACAUGGAUACCGAUUACGACUAACAAGGCCGAGAAAGGUAUGGACCAUGUCCGUGUUGCGAGAAACGAGAGCAAAAAACAUACAGAGAGAGAGCGAGAGAGAAAGAGAGAUUCGCAUGAGAUACCAGGAGGGACAAAAAGACUACAGCAGGAAGGCAGAAAAACUACUGGGAGGCAC